GACCAAAGAUGGAUAUGCUUCACGGUACCUUCGGCUUAGCAGAGUCUCUUCUCGACAAGUUGUUCCAUGGAAGUUGCGAAGGUGGCCAGCACGACCCACAGCCAACACAUGCUGUGAACAUAGUCGACCAACCAAGCAUAUUGCGAAGAGACGUUUGCAUGGAUGCCUUCGGAGCAGGAUGGCUGGCGAACACCUGUACACCUGGAAACACACUUUGCUGUUCGCCACGGGGCUGCUAUGCCGACUUGAACUCUUCGUGCGGACAACCUGGAGCAGUAAGCUGUACUGAGCUAGGAGCGGGAGUUGAUGAGGCAUGUUGCCCGAGAUAUACCACUUGCGCGAAAGGCUACAAUGCAACCGAAUCCUUUGUCAGAUGUGAUAUUCGGUUCACGUCACUCGCAGAAAUUGCAGCAUCUUCAACAGCAUUGAGCGAUGCUUCGACGAGAACAAGCACUUCCAGCACCACAACCGCCGCUAGUUCCUCAUCUGCAAGCACGUCGAGCGUGGCUUCUGCGUCAGCAUCAGCAUCGUCAUCAACAGCAAUUUCUUCCGAAACAUCCUCGACAAUUACGACACCCACUCCAAACGCACUGCCCAAAGCAGAGCCCUCUGGAAAUGCUCUACCGGGCUCGCCGGGUGUGCUGCUCACGACCAGCGAAAUUGUAGGAAUCGUAGUUGCUUCAGCUGGCGGGGUUCUGCUCUUGGUCGCGUUGGCAUGGCUGCUGCGUCGACGUAGUCGAUCCAGGCGGAAGAAGUUCGCGAUGCCAACAACUCCAAUAGCUCCCCCGUUCAGGAGCAACUCGAAACGUACGAGCCCAAUUAUGCUGCAAUCGCAACAUGGAUUCUCCGAAUUAUCUGGAAGUGCCGACCCUGUUGAAUUGCAAAGUUCGGGAUGGAGGCGCAAAGGAUUUGGUGGCCAAAAGCAUGUUUCGGUCGCCGGAACAUAUGAGCUAGGUAGU